AGGAAUUGGACUUGCACCACGCCACGUAUCACUAGCUGUGGACAAAGCCCUGCAGCAGACUUCCGUUUCGUGGGAUUUGGGCUCCUGUUUCCCCUCCCACCUGAUAUUUUUGUUUAAAUAUUUGUUUACUUCAUGCUCCUGUUAUUCCAAAGUCUUCCCAGACAACCUGUACUCUGCCUGCUAAGCAAAGAGAGAGCGAGAGACUGAAUGAGAGGAGAACUGAGCCACGACGCAGGGGUCCGGAAAGGAACUCAAGCUGUGCUUCAUACGGGAACUUCCUGUGGUUCAGCAGGGACACAGAAUAAAGCAUGGGAGUUUGCAGGAGAAGCAAAGCACCGGCAGAGGUGAAGGAGGCCGUUUUCCUCAGGAGGAAGAUCACCCUCACCCGCGUCAUUGCCUUGGGGGUGGGCACCAUGGUGGGCAGCGGCAUCUUCAUUUCCCCCAAAGGAGUCUUGCAAAACUCAGGCAACGUGGGGGUCUCCUUACUGGUGUGGCUGGCUUGUGGGAUCCUAUCACUAUUUGGUGAGUUGUUUGGCUGCUUGGUGGUUUAAUUUCCUUUUUCACAUACACCCUCAUGUGAUAGACAAAAAUCCCAUGACUGCAAUCAUGGAGCAGGAAUUCUAACAAUCAUAAAGGGGGAAAGCCUCCUCUCCCACCCCAGCGUGUGGCAAUUGCGGUAUAACAACUUAGGGUGUGUCCUCUUGGGGAUGAUGGAACCUCAAAAUGGGCUUCUGUGGAGGACAGUGGGAGAAUCAUACACACACACACACACACACACACCAAUAUUAAAUUCAGUUCUCCACAUUUCCACAUCAGUUUGUGAUUUAUUUAUUUUUUUAAAUAGUCCUCAUGAAAUUUCAUCCACAUUUUAGUGUGAAUUUUCCCUUAAUAUACACAAUUCUGUAUGCAAUGUUGUGCAAUGCACAUAUUUUUUGGGCAAAGCAUAUUUUAUUAUGUAUAUUUCCCCUAAUACAAUGCACUUUUGUAUGCUAUUUCCACAAAUAUAUCCAUUUUUGUGCACACUUUACCUUACUAUAUGUAUUUUUUGUACACAUUACUUGACUGGAGAAUUGCAUUAUUGCUGUUACUAUUACUAUUAUUACUAUUACUAUUAAAUGUCUGGAUGGAGGAUAGCCUGGUUUCAGUUGUCAAUAGUCUGGCAACCUCCAGGUUAGACUACUGCAAUGUGUUGUGUGUGGGGCUGCCUUUGAAGAUGGUUCAGAAACUACAACUAGUGCAAAAUGCAGAAGCUCAAUUGUUAACAGGCUCAAGACGGCAUGAACAUAUAACACUGGAUCUGGCCUGACCACAAAGGCUGCCAAUUUGUACUGGGUUCAUUUCAAAGUGCUGGUUUUUUAUGGCUUGGGACCUCUAAAGGACCACCUGCCCGCAUAGGAACCGAACCCUGAGAUCAUCAUCUGAGGCUCUUCUUUGAGUCACAAGAAGAGAACGAGCUUCUUCUGAAGUAGCUCCCCAUCUAUGCAACUCUCUCCCAUGGAAGGCCCGACUGGUAUGAAUGAACUUUGUCAACAUUUUGGUACCAAGCAAAGAUGUUGAUUUCCCCGGGCAUUUGGGUAGCACCAGUGAUUGGAUGUGUUUACGUUGAUUAUAUUUUUAAUAUGCUUAUGUAUUUUCUACCAUACUUUAUUCUUGCAAUUGGUUUGGAACUGUCUGUUGUGGGAACUCGGUUUGCCUUUUACCCGGUUUGCCUUUUCGUAUUAAUCUUUUUGUUCUCAUUAUAUUUUUAUGGGGGUUGGUUAGUUGUAUUUUAUAAUCGUUUUUAUGUUGCUAAGAAACAUGUUUUUUUCCCCCUUUUAAUAAAAGAGUGGGCUAGAAAUUUAUUGGAGAGAGGCCCAUGUGCAGAGGCAGAUUUAGGGGAGUGUGACUGGUUCAGUCGUACUGCAUGCAGAACCUCGGGGGGCCCUACAGAAAAGUGGGGGGUGCUCAAUAUUGGUGCUGUCCAGGAUGCUGCUGAAAUUUGAGACCCUGAAGUCCUCUACUGCCAUCUGGGGAGGUUUGAAACCCAGUUUGGCCAUGCAGCCACUGGGUGACAGUGGGACAUUCAUCAUCUAUCAACCCAACCAGGAUUAUUGUGAAGAUAAAAAGUGGGGGCUCCUUUGAAUGAGAACCGGACAAAAGAAUGGAAAUUACCAUUACUACUACUACUACUGAUGAUGAUGAUGAUUAUGCAUCUCAGUUCUAAAUAUCCUUCCAUUGGUACCAGUCCAACUUAUUUUAGUGCAACUGAAUUUCAUAUCAAUGUGCUUAGAAUUAGGGAUAUUACUCAUCAGAUAAGGGUGAUGGUGAUGAUAAGAAAUGCACACAGGGUUUACAUUUUAAACAUUUUCUUUCUAGGAGCCCUGUCCUAUGCAGAUCUUGGAACAUGUAUCACCAAAUCCGGCGGUCAUUACAUUUACCUGCUAGAGACACUUGGGCCACUGCCUGCUUUUCUAAGAUUAUGGGCGGAAUUUGUUAUGAUCCGGUAAGGGCAGCCUCAACUUCCCAUUGUUGUGUGAGAAGGGGGAGGUUCUCCGGAGAGACGGAGGGGGUUUUACUGGGAGUUUUGUGCCUCUUUAAAUCUCUCAACAGGGGCACUGUUCCAGCUGUGUUUUUAAAAGCAGCCAGCUGGUGGAUGCAGCACCACUGAGAUCUAACAAAUGGCUGCAAAGACGUUAAGAGGGAGGGGAGAGGGAAAGGAAUCUAAGAAAGAGAUGGGGGGGGGAGAGAAUGAAUGAAAUAAUAGAGAAAGCCCUAUGGGAGAAUAAAAACAACACACACACACAAACAUGCACACACAGCCUUUCUUUCAGUCAUGACAUGAGAUAGAUGAAUAUUUUCUUCCAAUAAGAAGACCACCACUGUACUUUUUUGCAGCAGCCACAACAAAAGGUCUUGUUCUAUAGAAAUCAGUUUGAUAUAUGAUCUGCCCCUCCACCAAUACCAGAUAGCUACUAGAUAAACAGAGCCGUCUGCCGCAGAACAUCUGGGAGCUGCUUUCCCUGAGGAGAGGGAUCUCACCGCUUGCAGCAGCAGGACAGAGCAAUGCAAACACAUGGGCCCACUACCCUAUUUCAGUGCAAAUACAAGAAUACACACACACACACACACACACACACACACACACUCAUCGACCACCCCACCAAGGUCAGGCCCAUCCGUUCAAAGCUUGUUCCCUUUUGUGUUUGUUUUGCGUGUGUUGUCACAAAUGCUGCAGAAUUUAGAGGAGAAAGCGGGGUUGGGAGCUGGGGAAAUCAUUCUACCUCAUACCAGAGGGGGAGUUGAUGGAGCCUAUUGUAAAAGACUGGCCAAUGGCCAUCAAAAGGCUUUGAAAAUAAUCCUAGUGGGAUGUUGGUGAGGCUCUGAUCACCACAUUUCAAGGCCUUCUGCUCCAUCCCGUGCAUUUCCCCUGUCUACCCAGGACUGUAUGAAGAACCAAGCUGAAAGCUCCCCAAUGAAUACUAUGGGCCAAAUGUAGAACGGAGAAAUGAAACCCAACCCCUUACCACUUGGAGUGGGGCUUCAUUUCCUAUCACUUUUCAGAGCAGUGCAAAAUCCACUGUCAGGAUUGGGGGCAGCACACCAUCAACAAACACAAGUAUCUUCCCCGCCCCCCAUGGGGGGCAGCAGCACCAGGGCAUUCUUUCAUCAGCCUCACCAGCCUUUUGCUUUUCCCAUAAUACCAUGGGGCAUCUCGGGCAUACUGAGGAAAAACCUGGGUUCUUAUUUUGGUGGUUGGACCACCAUUCUCUCCCCUGGUCUCCAAAGCAACAUUAGUUCAACAGUUCAAAUGAAAUGGUGGCGGGCUAUUGAAAGAAAAUGGUUUUGGUCUAUGGUUUGCCCUGAAAUCAGAAUCCCUAACCAUGGCUGGGGUCCUGGCCAGAGGGCAACCUGUGGCCUGUCUGAUUUGGAUAAGAUUGCAUUAUUAUUAUUUUUGUUUCCUGCAGUUUAGAAAUGGAAGACUGUAAUUGCCUGCCCUUGCACUUGGCAGAAAGGGAGUCUCACAGCUUCUCAUUCGGAUCCUGGAAUUGUAGAGUUGGAGAGGGACCAAUGGUCAUCUAGUCCAACCUCCUGCAAGGCAGGAAUCACAGCAAAACAAUCCCAGACAGAUGGCUAUCCAACCUCCUUCCAUGAAGGAGAGUCCACCACAUUCUGAGGUACAGUGGUACCUCAAGUUACAGACGCUUCAGGUUACAGACUCCGCUAACCCAGAAAUAGUACCUCGGGUUAAGAACUUUACCUCAGGAUGAGAACAGAAAUCGUGCGGCGGCAGCGGGAGGCCCCAUUAGCUAAAGUGGUACCUCAGGUUAAGAACAGUUUCAGGUUAAGAACGGACCUCCAGAACAAAUUACGGUAAGUUAUUAACCUGAGGUACCACUGUAGUCAUUCCCCUAUCAGACAGCUCUUAAUGUCAGAAAGUUUGUCAGAAAUUUCUUCCCAGUCCUCAAUCCAUGCUUUGGAAGAGUGUCUGAAUGUCUUCAUUUGUGGUUGUUUUAGAAGAGCAGACAUCAACAGGAGCAGACAGAAAACAUAGGUGAGAGGGAGACAAAGUUGCCAGAGAAAAGGCCAAAAUAAAAUAAAUGUUUUUGCCAUUGUUUCAUUUUUCAGACCUGCAAAUAUGGCUGUGGUGUCCUUGGCAUUUGGUCGGUACUUAAUCGAGCCUUUCUUCGCCCCAUGUAACGUCCCUCCUUUGGCUGUGAAACUGAUCACCACCACAGGAAUCAGUGAGUACCAAAGAGAACUAAAUAUAUAAGGUUGCAAGUUAAUCCUAAAUGAUGUUGUUGUUGUUGUUUAGUCGUUUAGUCGUGUCCGACUCUUCGUGACCCCAUGGACCAGAGCACGCCAGGCACUCCUGUCUUCCACUGCCUCCCGCAGUUUAGUCAACCUCAUGCUGGUAGCUUCGAGAACACUGUCCAACCAUCUCGUCCUCUGUCGUCCCCUUCUCCUUGUGCCCUCCAUCUUUCCCAACAUCAGGGUCUUUUCCAGGGAGUCUUCUCUUCUCAUGAGGUGGCCAAAGUAUUGGAGCCUCAGCUUCAGGAUCUGUCCUUCCAGUGAGCACUCAGGGCUGAUUUCCUUCAGAAUGGAUAGGUUUGAUCUUCUUGCAGUCCAUGGGACUCUUAAGAGUCUUCUCCAGCACCAUAAUUCAAAAGCAUCAAUUGUUUGGUGAUCAGCCUUCUUUAUGGUCCAGCUCUCACUUCCAUACAUCACUACUGGGAAAACCAUAGCUUUAACUAUACGGACCUUUGUUGGCAAGGUGAUGUCUCUGCUUUUUAAGAUGCUGUCUAGGUUUCCUAAAUGUACCUGCCAAAUAUUACUACAUUUCUCACUGCCUCUUGUACAUUUGCAGAUAUUUCCACAGCAAAAUAUCAUAAAUGUGCUGAGAAAGUUCACAAAUAAAGCAAAUCUUCAUAGCUUAUAAUACUUGUUUUUAUUAUGGGUCAAGAAUCCUUCCCUAAAUGUUUGUAAGAGAUAAUGAGAUAUAUUUUUAAUACCCUCACUUUUGCAUCUCCACAAUUGGCAUUUAUCAGACUGUGCUGCUGAGGCCAGUACCAAUAAUAAUAAUAAUAAUAAUAAUAAUAAUAAUAAUAAUAAUUUGAUUGAUUUUACCCUGCCCAUCACUUGGUUGCCCCAGCCACUCUGGGCUUCUUCCAACAGAAUAUAAAAAAACACAAUGAAACAUCAGACAUUAAAACCUUCAUGCACUAUGGUUGGUGCAUUCUCAGAGCUUGAUUGCUUUAACCCAGCAGUAGCCAACACAGUGCCCUCCAGAUGCCACUGGACUCCCACCAGCCCCUGCCAGCAUGGCCAAUACUCAGGGAUGAUGGGAGUUGUAGUCUAUCAAACUUCUAGAAGGCACCACAUCAGCUGGCUACCCCCACUUUAAUCCCUUACUUAGCCUCAUUGAGAAACUGCCUUUCAUUCCCAAUAGCUGCAUCUCAGUUCACUCUUAGUAGUCCAUAUGUUGUUGGACUACAGUUCCCAUCAUCCAUUCCCAUUAGCCAUGCUGACUAGGGUGGCUGGGAAUCGGGAUCCAGAAUGUUUGGAGGGCACCACAUUUGCUACUCCUGCUCUAUACUAAGAAAAGAGGUUCCCAGUGCCGUAUGAUAAGUUCUCCUCAAUUCACAAUCCUAACCUUGUCUACUCAAAAGUCAUUCCUACUGAAUUUAGUGGGGCUUAAACUCAGGUAAGUGGGCUUAGGAUGGCAGCCUUAGUUCUCACAGGCCAUCCAUGAAAUGCUGAGAGAUUUCUUCCUGCUGUCUUUAAAAAGUUUGCUUGAUAUAUCCAAGGCAGUUUGUAAAUGAACAGAAGCUGGUUUUCUUUUUGUUUGAUGCUGUCAGCCAGUUGGCAAAGGAAAGGGCUUUUCAAAACCACAGUUAAAAGCUAUUUAAAAGCCAGCUAGUUAAAAAACAAAACAAAACACCACUCACUGGCAAUAUUUAGAAACAGCAGUGCUCUUGCAUGUUUGAAAGCUUCACGCAAACAGUUGUAAACUCCUUCCUUAUAGGGCUCCUCGGCCUUUACGCUACGUGACCAGCAGAAAUGCAGGUGCAGCUUUGCUUUAUUUAUUUUUUAAAAAAUAUUGAGAGGCUGCUGUCUCAUUUUUCAAAAUAUCAGAGCAAUUUAAAACAAAAAUACCCAAAACCAUACAGUAAAAACUCUCUCUCUCUCUCUCUCUCUCUCUCUCUCUGUGUGUGUGUGUGUGUGUGUUGUUGAAAACAGACAUUGAUUAGCCAUUGUGGAAAGAUGUAUUCUUAAUUGCUUGCACAGGUCUGGCAGAAUUUAAGAGUUUUCAGCAGGCAUUUAAAAGUUGGCACAGAAGGCACCUGCUGCAGAGAUCCGGCAACAGGGAUUUAUUGACAUUUCUGCCAGUCAUGCUGGAGUCCUAUCAGAAAGCCCCAUCAAGCUUGUGGGGUUUUUUCUAAUGAUCAGCACUUUUAGUAAGUAAGCUUGCUGGAGAAGCAGUAUUUCCAUCUCCAUGGGCUGUUAUGACACAGAAGCAUUUCUGGUUCGGUUUUUUUAAUGUCAGCAAAAAGUCAACACUCGCUAGCUGUUCCAAAAGCACAAGCAUCGCAGUCGCAGCCAUUCAUGGUGAUUUCUCUCUCCUCCUUUUUCUUUCUUUCUUUUUCCCAAAAAAAUAUUUAUGCGUUUUCCAUUUUUCUAUUUACACGUCACAUCUCUCUCCUCCUUUCCAGCCCUAGUCAUAGUCCUCAACUGCUGGAGUGUGAGCUGGUCUGCCAACAUACAGACAUUCCUCACAGCCCUCAAGAUGGUCACGGUUGGUCUGAUCAUCGUUCCUGGGAUGAUGGCUCUGGGAAAUGGUAAGACUGGCCAGAACCCUCCUACAUGGCGUGAAAUGAGAAAGGGGCAUCAGAAGGGGCGGAAACCGGCAGCGGCAAAGAAAUAGGAAAGAUGGAGGUGGUGAGAGAGACUUGCUAGGAAACAACAGUAGGUUUGAUAACAGAAUUCUGUGUGGGAUAGGGACACGGGUGGCACUGUGGUCUAAACCACUGAGCCUCUUGGGCUUGCCUAUCAGAAGGUUGGUGGUUCGAAUCCCCAAGACUGGGUGAGCUCCCAUUGCUCUGUCUCAGCUUCUGCCAACCUAGCAGUUUGAAAGCACACCAGUGCAAGCAGAUAAAUAGGUACCACUGCAGCAGGAAGGUAAACGGCGUUUCUGUGCACUCUGGUUUCUGUCACGGUGUCCCAUUGCACCAGAAGCGGUUUAGUCAUGCUGGCCACAUGACCCAGAAAGCUGUCUGUGAACAAACGCCAGUUCCCUCGGCCUGAAAAGCGAGAUGAGCGCCGCAACCCCAUAGUCGCCUUUGACUGGAUGGAACCGUCCAGGGGUCCUUUACCUUUUUUUCUGUGUGGGGUACUUUUCCAGACUCAUAGAAUUGUAGAGUUGGAAGGGACCAACUCUAGUUCAACCCCCUGCAACGCAGGAAUUUUGCCCAAUGUGGGGCUCAAACCCACCACCCUGAGAUUAAGAGUCUCAUGCUCUACCAACUGAGCUAUCCCACUUGAGCCCCAGGUAGCUUUUACGCAUCCAUGGUUCUACUGAGGGCCAAGCUCUACAUACAGCCUACAAAGUAGGCACUCUGCUCCCUUUCUCACCCCAGGAUACAGAAGUGAUCUCAGGCCUAGGUGGCGGAUGUGGUCUUUCAGGCAUCUCUAGUAAGCCCCUGGGACUCUUCCUAGGCCAAGGGUGGGGAAUCGUUUUAUCUCUGCAAGCCAACUUUGACAGGUGGGGUAACGCACCUGCCUAUCGAGCGACAUUCCCUAGGCCAUGCCCCUGCCCUUGGCUGCUUGGGGUGCAUCAUUCAGACGGUGCCUCUUGCAGGCCUGGCUGAUGAGUUGUGUGCCUGUGCCUCUGAUUUAUACUGUAGAAGAAUGAGCAUCACAUCCAUUUCUCCACUCCCUUUGGCCUCUGGCCCCAGGCACCCCAGGCCUGUGGCCCCUGGAAAAGUCCCCACAAGGGAAAGCAACCUUUAAGCUGAAAAAGGGCUCCCUGUUCAUGUCAAGGUGUGAAGUUUUAUGCGUGCAGAAACUGCCAGUAAAAGCUGGAAUAUGCUAGAACAGUGGUUUUCAACCAGUGUUCUGUGGCACCCUGGGGUGGCUUGAAUGAUGGUCAGGGGUGCUGCAGGCAACACUGGCCUCUGUCCCUCUUUCCUUCCCUCUCUCCUCUGAGGCCCUCUCCUGUCUCUGCCUCCCAUAGGCUUGCACAGAUGUUUGUUGCAGCAGCUCUGACCACAAACUCCCCAGGCAAAUGGUGUCUCUGGGGCUGGCCAGGGGGUGCUUUCCAGGCCCCUGUGGGGCAGUGUGAGGAGGCAUCUCUCUUUGGGGCAGGGUGGGUAGCUCAAAGACCAGGGGCAGCAGCUGCGGCUGCCCAGAGGACUCCCAAGGAGAGGAGGCUGAGGGAACACUGCACAAGGGAGGGCGUUUGAAAAAGGCAAAUGGUGAUAUAACUGGGCUCCUGAGCCCCACUGGGGUGCCGCAGAAAGAAUGUAGUUGGUCAAGGGAAUUGCAGACUCAGAAAGGUUGAAAACCUCUCUGCUAGAACAUUCUAGUGGGUCUUCAACUUUUCAGAGUGCUCGAAGCGCAGCUGUUGUUUUUCAUGCUGUGUGUCUUAGAUUAGUUCCAAGGCCAUUCAGUGAGCAGUUUCUUCUUCUGACUUCUAUGCUUUACUUUCAUUUUGCAUUUUAUAUUCGUGUGGUGUAAUUUUUCUGCUGAAACUGGUUUUGCUCUAAAUGAGCUGAGCUUUGCCUUGCUAGGGAGCUAGCAACAAACUGCACAAUUUAUGCCUUAGUAUAUCUCUCCUUAAAGAAUUUUUUCCUGCUGUCUGUGUAUUUUAUUUUAUUUUUUGAAUCCAUGCACCUGCCAAGGUUCUUCUACUCUGCUAAUCAAACAAUGUCCGGGCGUGUUCCAGGUCUUGGUUCCCAACAGUUCACCCAUAGUAGCCAGUUGAAGCCCUAAGGCAGAGAAGAUGCAUCCACAGCAUCUGUAGAUACCUUGGGUACCAUUUCUCCCCCACUACAGCUCCAUGCUGGAGGAGUCUGCACCUGUUGAACUUCUGCAUGUUUUGCAGAAACAGCAACAAUGAUACAUGGCCUGAUCCAGCCAGUUCUCCUUAUGCUCUUAUCUGGCUGGGCACAAUGGAAAAUGCUUCUGAUCUAGGAUGGUGUCCGCUGAUGUAUAUUCCUGUUCUCAUUGUUUUUCAGGCCACUAUGAAAAUUUCCAGGACAGCUUUAACACAACUUCGCUGACACUCGAAAAGCUGCCUCUUGCUUUUUACUCUGGGAUGUUUGCCUAUGGAGGCUGGUAAGUCUUUGAAAUUCUAACAGAGCUUUCUACUGUUUGCUCAAAUGUCAGAAAGAAAAUGCAAAUUAAGCAAUAAAUCAAUCAAUCUAUACUUUACUCCAGUGCUGGUACAAUCCUGGAUUGCAGAUAAUAUUUAUCUAUCUAGUCUGCACCAAAUAUCUGUUGUAGGCUUGGGAUAUAACUCACAGUGUCAUCUCCCUUUGUUCAUUUCUUUUGUGAAUUACUGAGGUGAUCGUGCUUCACAGCUCAUUCCCUUUGGUAAUUUUGAUGCUGUUUUGUAAGAUUCCAUAGCUGUUUUCAAAAAGUCUGUUGUGCAUUUUUAUCUAUCUAUUGUUAUUACAGACAUACAAUAUAUGUAUACAUGGAAAGAAAAAUACUUUCGCAAAGUGAAGUUAAUAUAGCAGGAUUCGUUAUUACUGGGGUUGGGGGGGGGUUAAAAAAGAAAACACACAUAUGUUGACCUUGUGACACUUGAUUUCUUAUUUCAGGUUCUAUAUAAGCUUUGUAACAGAGGAAAUUGUAAAUCCAAAACGGUGAGCAAACGGGGGGUGGAUGGGUUCCGUUCUUUUCCGGUGUAUGAAACAUGUGUUUCCAAAAUAAUUGAGAGCAUCUGAGGGAGAAGCAGACCAACAGAGCAAAUGUUAGUAGGCAGAGUCUCUUUAGCAAUGCCCCAAAGAGGAGAAUCCCCUCAGAGUUGACCUCAGGAAGAGUUUAGAAAAGACUGAGUAAAUUGGCAUGAGAAGAUCUUGCUGAAACAGGCCAAAACCCCAUCUAGUUCAGCCUCAUGUUCUCACAGCAACCAACCAGAUGCCAAUGGGGAAUCUCCUGUCUGAAAUCCUGGGAAGUUGCUGCCAGUCCAUGUAGCUAAUACUCUGCUAGAGGGGUCAAUAGUCUGACUCAGUAUAAGGCAGCUUCCGAUGUUCCUGUCCAUUCAAAGAAGCAGUAGCACAGAUGUCAGCUGCAACAUCCACCAAUUCAGCUAAAGCUAAAGGUCAGGGAAAGCCUUAGCAAGCAGGUGAGUUUUCAGUAAACAUCAGAAGCAUCCACCAUUCAGUGCCUUCUGAAUCGCAGACAGUGGGAGCCCCACUUCCGUCCGGCUUUCAGAUUAAGCAAUGCAGGUUGUGUCAGUAUCGGCAAAAUCUCCACAGUAGAUCUCAGUGAUCACCUGAGUCUGUACAGAGGGAAAUGGUCAGCCAGCCCUGAGUUGCUCCAGCUUUAUACAUUAGCAACACCUGGAUCACAAGUUAACCGUCAGUGCAGUUCCUUCAACAGCCAUGUUCAAUACAUGAGGCAGUUUGGAUAAAAAGAGGGGGAAGGGCUUGUUAGGGUUUGCUAUUCUUUUUUUAGAGUUUGUUAUUUUCUUUAUUAUGUUUCUAUAUGUGCUGGAAGCCGCCCAGAGUAGCUGGGGAAAUCCAGGUAGCAAAAAAAAAGUUUUUGAAAAUAUAUAUAAUAGACUCAGAGGUGGGAGCAAACACGAAAGGGAACUCCUUCUCAUUUGAAUGGGAAAGGAUGAAGUUGGUUCUCAUCAGAGAGUAGGAGUAAUAAUAAUAAUAAUAAUAAUAAUAAUAAUAAUUAGUGAGACACUCCCUGCAUCUUCCAAACUAACCUCAAGGACAGAGUGACCCACAGUGCAUGAAUCACAGUGGCUAAGCUAUCGCUAUCUUGAAAAAGACAUAUUUAUACAUACAGAUACAUAAAGAAAUAUGAUGCAAGCAACACAUAGCCAUCUAGCAUAUACAGGGAUCAGGGAGGUCAUCAGGCUCCCCAAAGUAGCCUGUUCUUUGAGAAGAGAUAUUCAAGUGUCCCUGUUUUCAUCUCUACAUCUUUGGCAGGUCUUGUCAUAUUUGGCUCUAGCUUACAAGACAGAAAAUGUGGGGUGGGAAGAGAGAAGGCACCUUGAAAUGUGGACCAAAUAAAAUUCCUGACUGUCUUUAUUUUCCUAUUUUUGCAAAUGCCUUCUACAUUAUUGAAGGUGGGUGACCACAGGGUCAAGGGAAAUCUGUCUCUAAAAUGGAACUGUGUAUAAGAGAGGCUGUUUUUCUUCUUCAGGAAUAUCCCACUCGCUGUAAUAGUGUCCUUGGCCGUUGUUACAGUGUGUUACAUCCUUACCAAUGUGUCUUACUACGCAGUCCUGACACCACAUGAGAUUCUCAACUCUGACGCAGUAGCUGUGGUGAGUGUGGCAACUUGUGUGCUAUCUGUAUUUUUAGACCAAUGUUACCAGGGGGGCAGAGAAGGGAGAUGGUCUAGAAGGCCUAUUGGACAUAAAUUUAAGUAACAGAUUGUAAAUUCCUAGGGCAGACAUCUGUUUCCAUGGGCAGCGAAGAGGAAACAUACAUGCUUUGCUAAACAACAUUUGUUCGAGGAAGAAUCUUUAAAUUGUGCACCUAUAAAUGAGCAAACCAGACAGAAUACAGAGUACUCCUAGAUUUUUUAUUCUCUCCAGAUCAAUAUACGGUACCUUUAUUCAGCAUAAAGCAGCAAUUUAUGUAUUGUCCUUCAACUGUCUGGACACAAAUUUGGAUAGGCCUUUUCGGCUGAUGUGCUGACCUCUUCUAGUUUUGACUUAUUUCACAGGUGGCCUCUGCUGGCCGCAGGGCUGUGACAGCUUUCAAAUGUUUUGCACUGUCUAGUGACAUGCACAACUACCGUACCUUCCUGUUGGACAGAAGUUGUGUAUUCAAUGCAAUGAGCGCCUGGCUCCCCGAGAACGACUUUUGUCAUUUGUCACUUUUGUCAUAUAUAUUUCUCUCUCCCACCCUGGGCUGGCCCAGUUUUUGCUUUUUUAUUUAUUUGCUGAUGUUGUUGACAUCUGUCUGUCUCUGGAGACAAUGGAGGUGUGCACUUUGGGGGUGAGGUCAAACUGCUGGAGAGUUAAAGCGCCAUCUGCGGCUGCUUUGGGACUGAUAUGAUAGAGACAUAUUUUGUUGCAGCAGGGGCAGGCGAAGGCAUAGAGUUGUUCUGCUGCAGAUGCAGUGUGUGUUCUCUGUGCUCCUUCCAGCGGUCAUUCCUCCUCUGGUCACUGCUGUGGAUACACAACCUGUCUGUCUCCAGGCGCUGCAGUCAUCUGCAAGGGAUUCCCACACAGCAGGGUUGAUAUUGCCAGCCAAUAUCCCUCCUUUUCCUCCCAGAAGCUCAAGUGGCCUAGAUUGUUCUCCAGCUCCUUAUUUAACCACCACAACAACCCUGUGAGGUAGAUUAGGGUGAGAGGCAGCGACUGGCUCACAUGGCUCACUGUGAAUUUGAACUGUAGUUUCCCAGGCUCUAGUCAGACAUUCUAACCACUACACUACACUGCCUUUGUUUACUGUAUGACAUAAUGGAAGGUUCUACAGAAUUCAAAGAAUGGUACCCUAUGAUACUGUUGGUUGGCCUUACUGAUAAGGCUGUCUUGGUUUUCUUCCAGAGUUUUGCUGAUAAAGCUUUCAAGAGCAUUUCCUCUGUGAUUCCAAUACUUGUAGCUCUCUCAUGUUUUGGUGCUUUGAAUGGAGGAAUCUUUGCUGCUUCAAGGUAAGGGCUUGCCCAUUUCAAAGCAAAUGUCCUUGUUACAAGAAACUGUUCAAAGUUCCUUAUCUUGUCAGUGUCUCCCUUCUACCAAAAUGCUAGUUUAGGGAUUAAUACAGAAAGCAGCCAUUUCCCCCCAAAAUCUGCGUUUUGUACAGAAAUUCCAGUUCUUAUCUCCAUUUCACAAACCUAUGUAGAAAUAAUUUCCAAAUGCUGGGAAGUUGUGGCUAAAGAAACACAGCACAAACCUAGGCUAUAAGAAAAAUAUUUUUCCUCACACCUUAGGGAUAAUGCCUAUAUAGAAAGGGGGAAAAGUCAAGUGCAUUGGUAUAGUUUAAAGAGCAUUUGCUCCCCGACGUGACAAAUUGAACUCAGCACAAUUCACUUCAAUAACGACAGCCAUUUUUUGCGAGCUGAUAUUUCACAAAGAACUUUUCUUUAAAAAAACAGUCAGUGGACAGCGAGUGGUGGAAGCUAGAGAACAACUUUGAAUAACGCUUACAUUUCAGUGAUAGGAAUAUAAAUAAAAACGAAGUCUUCUCCAAAUUUACCAGGUGCAAUGCUGCUGUUGUGGGGUUCUCUUUUCCUAGAGUAUGUGAUAUCCCUAACACUUUAUGAUUUCUAAGGGGGGAAAAGAAAUGUUUUCUUUUAAUGAAAGGAGUGUUUAACAAACCUCCAGUAAGCAUAGCAAAAAAAGGGAGUGGAAUUCAAUGUGUGAUCAACUGGUUUUCUUCCACAGGAUGUUGUUUGCAGCUGCCCGGGAAGGACAGUGGCCAGCUCUCUUUUCAAUGAUACACCUUGAAAGACACACUCCUCUUCCAGCCUUGAUACUAAUGGUAAGAGCUUAAAGGUUUGCUUUAGUGUGCGGUUGGACAUAAAAUGCAGUGUAUGGGCCUGGGGGGCAUUUUGCCCCUGGAAGGCUGAUGAUGUGUAAUUUGAAAGGGGGGAGAAUUAAAUGUAUUAGGCAUGUUUCUUAAAUGAUAGGCAGUGUCAGGCACUGCAUGUACACAAAGUCCAUAAAGGUAGAAUGUUCUCAGUUUCCAUGUUUGAAACAAAUUGGCCAUACCAUAUUAAGACCCUGGUUUUAGCCUCCAUCUUUGGGCAGGUAACGCUUUAUCGCAUCCUUGGCGUACUUAAAGGAUGCUUGUUAGCUACUGAAAGAAGACAGAUGGAUAAAUGAAUUGUCACUAUAUUUUCAAUAAGAAUGUCUGAGUUUAGCUGGGGUCAUUUUAUAUUGUUCUGAAGUGUUACAUUUCUAUUUUAGGGUUGCCAUAUUUCAAAAAGUAAAAUUCCUGAUACCUUCAAAGUUGUUGAGCUUUUAGGAAACCACCCAAAACUGAAGAACUUCCCUUCAGAAGAGCUUUUUUGGGAAGCCUGACCCCAAAAUAUUGAUUUUGAGCUUUUUGAGCUAUUUCACUUGCUUUUUCCAUUCCAUUGCAAUACAUCUGGGUUUUCCCUGACAAAGUCCCCCCCCAGGCCAUUUUUACACCUGAAAAACCAGGACAUGUCAGGAAUUUUCCUGACAUGUGGCAAGCCUAGUCUAUUUGUAUUUUGUAUUUGUAUCUUUUUGCUUCAUAAGACUGAUUGAUACUUUUAAACGUGUUUGUGGGAGGAGGGGGUUAUUGUGUUGUUGCUUUUGUUUUAACUAUUUAAAGAAACACUGCCAAGUUUGAGAAGCACUGCCUUAAGGUAUCUGGGGUUUAGGGUUUUGAAUAUUAACACAAGACCCUUGAACCUGGGCUGGUAGCAUGUGGGCAGCUGGUGUGGAUGUUUCAACAGACAUGUUACAGGCUGUCGGCCAUCAGCAAUUUUGUACUAGUUGGGAGUUUCAGGGCCAAGUCCACCAUCAGGUUUCAUCAACUGAAAACGUUCCCAUAAUUCUGCUCAGUAAUAAUGGACAAGUGUUAUACAGUAAUUAGUCACAAGGAAAACCUAAAAGGAGCUUGGAAAAGUGGUUUUGUAUUCUACUGACAUAUUUCCAACACUGCCAUUUUUCUCCAUCUGCAGUUGCCAUUGAUCUACUUGAUGGUGUCCAUUGGUGACCUCUAUGGGCUGUUGAACUUCUAUAGCUUUUCACGCUGGUUCUUCAUAGGACUUGCCACCCUGGGGCUCAUGAUACAUCGUUAUCGGCAUCCAGAACUGCCAAGACCCUUUAAGGUAAGAAGACUAAAGAUAGUGGAUACAGGGAAGGGUAAAUCUGCACUUGUAUCUUUUACCUAGCUAAAGAGCACAAAAAUCCAAACAUAUUGGCCCAGCUCAAAAAUAAUGCUCAAGUGGUUUGUUGCUCUCACCCUGUAAGAUCUCAAAUGUAUACUGAAACCAUGGUUUUAUCUGCCAGACUAAGCCUUGACCCCAGGGAGGAUUACCCGAUACAAGACCCAUUUUUCAUCUUGUAAGCAGAGAGAUGGGGAAACUGCCUUAACCACAAUUUGCUUAAUGAAGAUGGGGUGCCCAUGUUUUGAUAUCCAUUUGCAGCUAAUCUUUAACUACCUCUUAUAUGGUCAGUGCUUAACCAUGUAUGUAAUGUAAUGCUUAACCAUGGUUAAGGAAAGCAAGUCACAAUGAAGUAUGUCUGAAGCCAUUAUUUUAUAAGCUGCUUAGGGGAAUUUUAUUGCUGGGCGGCCAUAUUCUGUAAAUAUUGUGUUACAUAAGCAGAAGCAGUGUGUGACCUUGCUCACAGGCUAUUAACUGAACAAGAACGGAUCCAUUAGAAGUCAAAAAUAGGAGAAGGGAAGAAAAAUGCCAUCAUAACAUGCCAGUAUUUGGGAAGAAGCCAUAAAGAAACCCUAAACCAGCUCCUUUCCCUGCACUUUAUUAAAACUAGAGGAUGGAGACAUUGUUAAGAGCAUUGUUGUUGUUUUUAAGUGCUUUGUAUAGGGAUGAGUUACGGUCCUUUCCAUCUCUCAGGUUAAAUACACUACUCUUCUCCAUGUUCAAAACAUGUUUCUUUUUUGCAUUUAUGCUUCAUGCAGAACGUUAUUUUCUGAUUUGACCCUUUUUCCUUUAGGUGCCUUUGUUUUUCCCCCUAGUGUUCACAAUAGCCUGUUUCUGCAUCGUGGGGACAUCCCUGUAUUCCGAUCCUGUGAACACCAGCAUUGGCUGUGCUGUGACUCUGUCUGGCUUGCCCGUCUACUAUCUGGUGGUGCAGAAGACUAGGAUCCCAGGCUGCUUCACAUCCAUGUUCAGUAAGUAUGGCCUCAGCUAUGGUAGCUCAGAACUGUGAAAGGGAAGCUUCAAAAUUAGCGUAAAUGAGGCCCGAUUUCACACGUGGCACAUGACACUGUUUGUGGCUCACAAGCUGUCAAGAGGAGUUCUGCAUCUCCAAAGAGUUGGGGACGAAGCUCCCUCUGUCCUUUUAUAGACUAUAGAACUCCAAAUGCCAACAUCUGUGCAGCAGAAACUAUGCUCAGUUUAGGACGGACAACAAUCAUAUGUGAAACUUCUCCCUGAAAUUAAGCUGGUACUCCGAUUAUUAUCAUUUAUUAAAUUUUUAUACCACCCUUCAUCCAAAGAUCACAGGGUGGUUUACAGUAUAAAAACCACAAAAAUACACACCAUAACAACAAACCGCCCUGAGAUCUUUGGAUGCAGGAUGGUAUAUAAAGUUAAUAAAUCAUUGUGAUAAUAUGCACAGUCCUCCACAGUAAAUUGGGCCUGUCGCAUUGGCUGUGAUUGACGACUUCCCCUUGUCACACAUAUAAGGACCCAAAAAGCACUGUACUUGCGUUAUGAAGUUUUGGUAAAGACACGAAGAAGAUAAAUCAAUGCAUGUAUAAUACUGCUUAGAGCUCAACCACAGGAAAUGUUAAGAAUAUGUCUAGUUUGAAUGAACUUGGUAGAGACUGGAGAAGAAAUCUUCAGGAAGGCCUUCCUCAAGACUACUUCACAAAUGUUUAGCAAGUAUAUAUGCCUAUCUGUAUAGUGUAUGGCUCUGCCCUGUUAACUACCAAGAGGCAUGCUAAUAAUUUUAGUUGCAUGUAAACAGUAAAUGAAACCAGAUAGCUUCUCUCACACUUCAUAGGGAAUAGCAGGUUCACAAUGUGGACCACGAUAUAUCUGAUGUGUGAAGCAGCCAGAGUUUUCUGUUUUCACUGAAGAACACCAAAUGAUGCCUCUCCCAAACUACUUUUCCUCUGAUUUCCUUGUUGCAUUUGUCUAGAUUCCAUCACAGUAAAAUUGCAGAUCCUGAUGAAAGUGGUGCCCCAGGAUGUCCUAACAUACUGAAGAAUGUGCAUCCCAAGGACCUUUCAAAUCUGUUCUUUGGGAGCUCCUCACACUCCAACUGUGUGGGAUACGCCUCCAAGUCCACUUUUAAACAAGGGAGAAAACUGUGACAAGCCAUUCUUUCCUUACCAACGAUUAGCCAGAGCAUUUGGAUAUCAGAAAUUUAAAGGGUGGUCUUGUUUUGGGCAAAAAACAUAACCCAGUUCUGCUUAGAUCAGGAGUGGGAAGCCUCAAGUCUGUCAGGCCUUAAGACUCUUUCUAGACCACAUCUCUCAUCAGCCUUGCUCUCUGCAUCCUCCCAGAGAGCUUUUGCCCUUGAACUACGGUCAUGCCUCCUACUUGUCUGGAUAGAGGUGUGAGUCUGAAGAAAUCUCCGACUUUUGCAUGGUUGGAAUGUUAGGCCAGUAUUUCAAUCUCAGUAUAUAGGCUAGUAGAGCAGAAAAAUUGGAACAGACCAAUGGUAAAUCUAGUACAGGGGUUGUUAAACUGUGGUCCACAGACCACCAAGGGUCUGUGAGCUUUGUUCGGGUGGUCUGCAGUUGUUCUGUUAAAACAAUGGAAAAGCAUACAGCAUCUAGCACACUACAUUACGCUUGCUACAAUAGGCGGGGGGGGGAGCGGUCUGCCAAGACCCUCGGCCGUUUUCAAGUGGAGCAAAGAAUUUCCAUGGAACAAAGAAUUUGGGAACCACCAAUAGAGUGGAUACCAGACUUUAUAGUAUAUUGAAAGCUGGUGCCCGGCUGAGGAAGCUUGCAUAUCUACGUGUAGAAAACCAGUGAAAAUGGAAAAUUCAGUAUGAUCUCACCUUGCUAGAGACAUAGCAAAAUUAACGUUGCUUAAGAACGGAUUACUGGAUUUUCAAGGUAAUCCUUAUACAGUGGAUACUUUCCUGGGGUGGGUGGAACAGAUAAUGGGUUAUUCAUUUAAGGGUAGCCCUGGUUACCAGGACGGAAUGAUGGAAACACAGUAUAUUCAAGAACAAGUGACUUCACUUGGUAGAGAUGUUAAGGUGCCAUUUUAAGAUUAGUGGACUGUACUUAAAAUACAUUUAACCUUCCAGGGGCUAAGUCAAGUGGUAGCUUAUCUACGGUAAAAGAGCUGUGGCCAAAAUGACAUUUGGUAGAGCUGGUUAAUUCAACACUUAUAGCAUGUGAAACUAAAAAGCACACAAACAUUUGUGUUUAGUCCCAAAUACUUGCCAUUUCACCAAUGACUCAAUGGCCACAGAAAGUGAGGAAGUUGCUCCUCCUGGAUAAGCUCUCACAUCAAAUUAGUGAGUCUUACUCAUUCAGAAGAAUUCCUUCUAACGUGGAAUGCUUUUCUAGCAUACAGAGAACUAAAAUAAUAGGCUGCAAUUCUAAGACCAUGUACCUGUGAGUCAAAUUGAACUUAAUGGAACUUACUUCAGAGUAGAUGUGGUUAGGAUUGCAGCCUAAAGCACAAAUUACACCCUGCAUUGGUGAUAGGAACCUUCAUUUUUAUUAGACACUUCAUAGUGUCUAAUAAGGCACUUCAUAUCUGGGCUGCUCCUAAAUUAAUAGUACAGAGAUAUGGUGCAGGAAAGUUUAUAUGCAUUUUGGAUUACAGGAUUGUAAUGAUUUAUAUAUUUGUUGUGUUAAAUUUGUUAUUAUAAUUGUAAAUUGUUUUAGGAAUGGAAAUAAAACAUUCUCACUGUGUGCUGUUUUCCAGCUG